CCUAUUUAAGUUGGAAAGGAGGGGCCACGGAUUGCAAAAGCAUAAAGAUUGGGUUUCACUCUACCAAGUACUUCCUUCUAUGCACCGCACCUAUUUUAUCAGUGAAGUUUAAUUGGAGUACGCUGAAGUGAAAGUCCCUGCAUGACAGAAGCAAACCUCACCAUCCUCUCGGAUGUGGAUGUUAUAAGCUGCUUUUCAAAGAUUACCAAUGUUGGGGUUGUGUUUCUUCACCUUUUUCAUGGCAUGUUGUGUGAGAACAGAUAUGGGACAAGAAUGCCCUGUAUUUACUGAUCUUAGCCUGGGUGAUGCCAUAAUCGGUACAGAUCUGAAAGUGCACCUGCUUUUGUACACAGAAAGAAACAAGGACUGUGCUGAGAAGCUCAAUGAACGCAACCUAACAGGUUCUACAUACCUCAAUGUGUCCAAGAAAGCUAUUUUCAUUAUCCAUGGUUACAGAUUUACAGGUUCUCCACCAAUAUGGAUUACCAACAUUAAAGAUCUUCUGCUCAAAAAAGGGGACGCCAACGUCAUAAUAGUAGAUUGGAAUCAGGGUGCCACAACAGUGAUUUAUCCUAAGGCUGUUUCCAGAGCUAAGGAAGUAGUAAAAAUCUUGAAAAACGUGAUUGACCAAAUGUUGGCAAAUGGAGCUUCUCUCGACUCAGUUUAUAUGAUUGGAAUAAGCCUUGGGGCUCAUAUAGCUGGAUUUGUUGGAAAGGCAUACAAUGGCCAAAUUGGCAGAAUUACAGCUCUUGACCCAGCAGGGCCAUCGUUUACAGGAAAGUCACCAAGUGAGAGACUGGAUCACACUGAUGCCCAGUUUGUUGAUUGUAUUCACACUGAUAUUGAUGCUUUUGGUUACAGGAAACCCUUGGGAAACAUUGAUUUUUACCCAAAUGGAGGAACUGAUCAACCUGGAUGUCCCAGAACAAUACUUGGUGGAUCUGAGUAUUUCAAAUGUGACCAUCAGAGAUCUGUUUUUUUGUACAUGUCAUCUUUGAAACAGAAUUGUGAUGUGACUGCAUACCCUUGUGACUCGUACAAGGAUUUUAUGAGUGGGAAAUGUGUGAGCUGUGAGGCUUUCCACCCACUUCCAUGCCCAGUAUUGGGUUAUUAUGCUGAUAAAUGGAAGGACUAUUUAAUUGAAAAGAACCCUCCGGUGACUACAGCUUACUUUGACACAUCAGAUGAAGAGCCAUUCUGCAUGUAUCAUUAUGCUGUGGAUAUUAUUACCUGGAACAAAAACACUAGCAGAGGUUUCAUAAAUAUCAAAAUAACAGAUAAUGCAGGAAAUACAGCAGAGUCCAAAAUUAAGAGUGAAGCAACCACAUUUCGCCAGUAUAAACAAGCCAAGAUAUUGGUUGGAUUUUACUUGGAUUUCCACAGUAUAUCAAAAAUUGCCUUGACGUUUUCUACAGGGAAUAUAAUAGGCCCAAAGUACAAGCUUAGGAUCCUUCAAAUGAGUAUAAAAUCUCUCUCAAAUUCGGAAAGGAUUCAGCUAUGUAGAUAUGAUUUUAUACUCCUGGAAAAGAUUGAAGCAACCUUCAGGCCUAUUCCAUGCCUUGAGACCAAUGUGUGAAACAAUAGUCUCUUUUAAGUGUUCCUUCUGAAGCACACUGCAUACAUGAAGUUAAAGAUAGCAAUGAGAAAUGGACUCAGGCUCAAAAUGGCUAGAUUUUCAAUCAUUAUGGAUACUUUUUGAGGAUCGCAGAAUGAACUACAAGAAAUUCAGAGGUUUUUGAUGUGUUAAGAUGUGUAUGAUGCCCGCAAUCCAUUUCUAAUUAACAAGAAGAAAAUCAAUGCUGUGAAUCAUCUUCCAUGUAGACUUACACUUCAAGACCUGCACGCAAUGGUAAUAACUGACAUCCAACUGAAAUUAACAGUAAUUACAACUUCAAUGCUAUGUACAGAAUCACAGCACAUAUGGACAUCAUUUUUUUAAUGUUUUGUAUUAGAUACGUGUAGCUCCUUUUAAUGUGAAUUUGGGAUGUCAGAAAUUGGGGAGUUUUACAUAUGUCCUUUGGGCAUAUGUAGAACAAAAUUGGAAAAGUCCUUGGUGGAGAAGUUAAUGUGAGCAUUGGAGCCCCCGUCCCACAAGGACCUGCCAGGACAAAGGGGUAGAACAGAGAGUGUUAUUUAUUAUAAAAUCUGAUGCAUUUCGGACCCUUGGAUCCUUCCUCAGGGUGUUGUUCCCCGCCUUCAUCUAGAGGGAGAGGCGGGUAAUAAUAAUAAUAAUAAUGAUAACGACAACAACAAAAUGCAAGGUAUCUCUACUGUUUCAUUCCCCUCAAGUCUUCUGUACUCAGUAUGCAGCAGAAAGGGAUGUGUCCAGGGUACGCAUCAGUUUCUAGGCUGCAGGCCUAGCCCAUGUGUUCUACAUACCUCCUUCACACAUUCAUUAUCCAUGAGUUUAUUUUUAUUUAUUUUUAAAAGUAUAUAGGCAUGUAUAUAUUAUUAUUAUUAUUUCUAUAUAUGUUUACUUUUUUUUAAAAAAAUGUUUAUUUAAAGACAAGGGCAAGCUGCUGAUUGC